GUCACUGUUCAGGUCAUCAUUUCUUGACGUUAGCAAAAUGUUCUUCUUCGAGUUAUUUAUCUGUGCUGGCCUCAUAGCAGUCUCUCAUGGAGGUGUUCUCAGAGCAGCGCCAGUAGCAGCAGUUCCAGCAGCUCCAGUUCUCGCUAAAAUUGAAGAGUAUGAUCCCCAUCCUCAAUAUACAUUUGCCUAUGAUGUUCAAGAUGCCAUAACUGGUGACUCAAAGGCUCAAUAUGAAACGAGAAAUGGAGAUGUUGUCCAAGGAAGCUACAGUCUCAUUGAAGCUGAUGGAACUCGAAGAAUUGUUGAUUACACUGCAGAUCCAGUCAAUGGAUUUAAUGCAGUUGUAAGUCGUGAACCAGCUGUGGCUGUUGCUCCAGUUGUUACCAAAACUGCUCCAAUUGUUGUUGCUCCAGUAGCACCAGCAGUUGCAGCUUCAGUUUUCCCAGCAGCACCUGCUCCAAUUGUUACAAAAGCUGCAGUGGCUCCAGUUGUUAACAAACCAGUGGCUUCAUUUAUAUUAACUCCAGUUGCUCCAGCAGUUUCUGUCCCAGUUGUAGGAAGAACUGUUGAAGCACCAGUGUUGAAUCCAGCAGCUCCAGCAUCAGCUGUAACUAUUACUAAAUCAAUUCCUCUUACACCUUUUGUACCUUCAUCUGCUCCACUUAAAAGAAUACCACACGCAAAACCUGCAUCUUCUCCAGUGACAUCAAGAAUCAGAACUGCUCCAAAAAGCCGUCCACAUUCGGCUAGACUUUCUUCACCUCAAUCACCUCCUACUGGAUUAUUUGCUCCGUUAACUUCAUCAGCAGCUGGUUAUUUUUAUUGAAUAAAACAAUUUAAAUAAGUUAAUUAGUCAUAAGGAGAGAUAAUGAUAGUAUUAAAAUGUUUAUGCUACAAAUUAUAUAAUUAUAAUUA